GAACGAAAUUGAGAGAUAAACAAGGCUAUGGAGCCAGAAUCUGGGAUUUCCACUGCUCACUGCUCGACUUCUACUACUAUAGGCCAGCAAUUUUCAUGGCCGAGGAUGUCGAGGGAUUUGUUACUAGCUUAUCAGAGCUUUGGUGUAGUUUACGGGGACUUGGGUACUUCACCUCUUUAUGUUUACUCAAGCACAUUUUCUGGGAAGUUACAGAAACAUAUUAUCCAAGAUGCAAUCUUUGGUGGUUUUUCAUUGUUCUUUUGGACUCUUACUCUUAUCCCUUUGCUUAAGUAUGUCUUUGUCUUACUCAGUGCUGAUGAUAAUGGUGAAGGUGGGACCUUUGCUCUUUACUCACUGCUUUGCCGCCAUGCUAAGUUUAGUUUGCUUCCCAACCAGCAAGCAGCUGAUGAAGAGCUCACUGCCUAUAAAUAUGGUCCAUCUUCUCAGCAUGCUAGUUCCUCUCCCUUGAAGAGAUUUUUGGAGAAGCAUAAAAGGUUAAGGACUGCCCUUUUAGUUGUUGUGCUGUUUGGAGCUUGCAUGGUCAUUGGUGAUGGUGUCCUUACUCCUGCUAUCUUAAUUCUAUCUUCGGUUUCGGGGCUUGAAGUUACAGAAAAGAAAUUAACUAGUGGUGAACUUCUCUCGAUUGCUUGUUGCAUCUUGGUCGGUCUGUUUGCUCUGCAGCACUGUGGCACACAUAGAGUUGCCUUUUUAUUUGCACCUAUCGUAUUGAUCAGGUUAUUUUCCAUUUUUUCUAUUGGUCUCUACAACACAAUACAUUGGAACCCAAAAGUUGUUUAUGCUUUUUCACCCCAUUAUAUUGUCAAGUUCUUUAAGGAGACUGGUAAAGAUGGUUGGAUUUCUCUUGGUGGGAUUCUUCUUUCUAUAACUGGAACCGAAGCUAUGUUUGCAGACCUUGGUCAUUUUACUGCUUUGUCAAUAAGGCUUGCGUUUGCUUUUGUUGUAUACCCAUGUUUGAUUGUACAAUACAUGGGUCAAGCUGCAUACUUGUCCAAAAACCCUGAUAAGAUUCAUUACUGCUUUUAUAAUUCAAUCCCUGAAUCUGUAUUUUGGCCGGUGUUUGUUGUUGCCACGCUAGCAGCUAUUGUUGGCAGCCAGGCUGUUAUAACUGCUACGUUCUCCAUCAUCAAGCAAUGUCAUGCCCUUGGUUGCUUUCCAAGAGUCAAAGUUGUCCACACCUCAAAACACAUAUAUGGGCAGAUCUACAUUCCAGAAAUAAACUGGAUACUCAUGAUCCUUACUCUUGCCAUAACCAUCGAAUUUCAGGAUACAAAUUUAAUUGGAAAUGCUUAUGAUAUAUGAACUGGGUUGGAACUGGGACAAUUUAGAACUUCUAGCACAGGGCAGAAACUACAUGUUAUGAUAAAUGGCAGUGCAAGUAAAAAAGCCUUGGAUCCAGUUGCUCCAGUUUAUAAGUAUUGCCUUGUAUCAGUAUCUAACAUAUUAACUUCAACAUGCCAAAAUGAGAGUUUUUGAUUUUCUAGAAAUAAGAUCGAUGCAAACAGUCUAGAUCAGUAUGUUGGGUACUCACUCUUUCUCCGAGGAAAGCACCAGCGAUGACGAAAGUCACGUAGACAGAGUUCCAGUGCAUAAUCAC